AUGGAAGGGCGUUAUCCGAUUCAGAAAAAAGGGAAACUAAGCCCGAGGUUUAUCGGGCCAUUUAGAAUCAUUGAACGGGUUGGCAAGGUGGCAUAUCGCCUUGAAUUACCGGAAGAAUUGAGCGGAAUCCAUGGCACGUUUCAUGUGUCACAACUCCGAAAGUGCUUAGCUGAAGAAACGGCUUAUAUCCACUACGAUGAUAUCGGGGUGGACAAUAGCCUUAACUAUGUUAUAAGACCAAUUGAGAUUUUAGAUCGAAAGGUUAAAGAUUUGCGGAAUAAGAGAAUUGAUCAAAUGAAGAUCAAGUGGGACCAUAGAAAAGGUUCGGAUACUACAUGGGAAUCUGAAGAGGAGAUGCGACGUCUCUACCCAACAUUAUUUGGUACGUAUUGCGGUUUCGACAUCAUUGUGAAAGAUAUACACCAAAGGCGAAGUAAUGAGGUUUCGGUUAAUAAGUUUUUGGUUGAUUUCGAUUCGGUUAACGAUUCAGUUAUUACUCAUCCUUAG